AUGAAUCAAAAGCGAUUCGCAAUUACAACAAACGACGAUUCUGACGUUGAUGAUCGACAAAGAAAUACGUUAUAUAAUCGUUAUUCAACACGUCAACAAACGCUUACACCUGUAUCCAGAAUUAAUUCUUCAGAGAAAUUUCGAUUAAAUUUACACGAUAAUCCUUCAAUAAGUAGUUCACAAGGAGUAUCUACGUGUAACAAUAUUUCACGUUCUAUACCCGCUGAACGACCACGUGUUGAAACUGCACAUCCAUAUCACGUCACUGAAUUUUCUCAUUUCCAGGAAAACGAUUUACUUGAUUAUCAAGCAGGAAAACCGUUAAAUCAUAAACAACAAUUUUAUUCAGUGGAAGAGCAUCACGACGAUUUCAGUUUCCGUGAAGCCAGCAACACAACAGAUCACCGUCAUUUGAACAUUUCAAUUCCUGAAAAUAAUUUUAACGAGCAAAUCAAAAAUUCAAAACUUACCGAAGAAGUUAAUUUAUUAAUUGCUUCCCAUUCAAAUCCAUCUGUCAAUUUACAUUCACAAAAUAUUGAUCGAGCAAGAAAUCAUUCAACACAAAAAGCCCCGAGAUUUCCCAAUCGAACAGAAUCAAUCGAUCAAUUUUCUACUGAUAUCCAAAGAACAAAUCGUCAUACAUAUAAAAAACCUGAAAUAUAUUACGCUGAUAAUAGACGUGUUGAACGUUUAACUUAUCGUCCAACUGGAAAUCAGCACACGUACGUGACACAUCCAAUUGUUGAAUUAUCGAUACCAAAAGACGCAUCGAAUGAAGAUGCAUUAAUUGAUAUUCCAUAUAUUGAUCAAAAUAUUAAUUGGAAUUAUUUAUCGAGAAAGAACACAGAAUUGAAUAAUUAUCCAAUCAAACAUCAAACAAAUAUUUCUUCAUCGAAUGGUUCAAAUUCAUUGAUUGCUUCUGAAUACGAUCGUUCGUAUAGCACUGGCAAGAAGACAGCAAGUGGUAAUAUCCAAAGUACGUCAAAAUCUACUUCAGUACCAAUCGUUGAUUAUUCCAGUUUAGACGCAUUUCUGGACGAGUCAUUAUUACAAGAAAAAGGGAACAUGUCAAAAUCAACAAAAGAAUGGCGAUCAUCAUUUUCAACAAUGCGUAAUCGUUUUGGUAAUAUUGGAUUAUCAUCGGAUGAAGCAGUAUCAAAUAAUCAUAAUUUUACAACAAAUGGCUCAAUGACAUUACCGAAAAGAGCGCUUACAAAAUCAGCAAGUCAAGGAAAUCUCAUAGCUAAUGAACAUUUCGAUUCCAAUGAAAGACGACGAUCACUUCUUGCUAAUGCGGUUGAACGUCGUCGUGCUGCUGAAGCACCUGAGCUACAACGUCCGUCAUCACGUCGAGAAUUGGGCGAUUUUUGGGAAACAACUAUCAAAAAUCGUUCAGUAGCACCACGUACUCCGUCACCGUUAACAGCUGCUCAACGUAUGGAAUUACUAAAUGAAUCGAUCAGUGAAAAUGGCACAAAUCGAUCAGGUCGACGAUUUUCCGGUGAUAAUUUAGCAAGACGUAAGGCAAAUUUUUUAGAAGCCGUCAAAAGUUCAUCAUCACAAACAAUAACAGAUCGUUUUACUAACAGAAGGUCAACUGUCAUCCCUUCAAUCAAUGUGGAAAUUAAAGAAAAUAGCAAUAAUGAGCCAAAUUUUGCAUCAUUGGAUAGUGCAGUAGCGGAACUUAAUAAUACUAAUUAUGUGCUUAAUAGUAGUGGCGGUUGUGCUAAAUUUCCGCUUGAUGAUCUAUGCUCAUCUAGUCCAGUUAACAAAAGAGAAGGCUUAACAUCAUUAAUGAAUGGUGCGCUAUUGACGCAUAGUCCAAGUCCUGAGGCUACAAGUGAUACAAGCUCAAACUAUAAUGCUCCAACUGGAUUACCACAUCCAAAACCAAAGCAUAACAUACGUGAACAGCUAAUACAAGCUGGUUUUGAACCACGUGGAACAGCAAUGUAUGUGAAUCGUAGUGGCGUACGUUUUGGAAGUGCACCAAAUUUCCCGAUACCUUCCAAUGGUAGCGUUGCAUCACGCAUUUCUGAAUUUGAGAAAAAACCAGGUGCACCAAAUUUACUACGAAUUGCUUGUGCGGAACGACAAAGAAAUGAGCCAUCUCCGAUCAGAUCACCGCUAGGACCUAUGUCACCACGGUCAUCGGUGUACCGUACCAAGCCAGUAAUCCAUGCUGAUAUAAAUGGUCCAUCGUUGCAUAUAAAUCAACCAUCUACCAAUAUCGAAUCAAUCUUUCAAUUUCCACAAAUUAAGCAAUUUGUGGAUGCUAAGGAAGAAAUUCCAUAUGAAAAUAUUAAAAAUACUUCGACAUCAAGAAUAGCAGAAAUAGAAGCAAGUGAUCAACUUAAGAUUAUAGAGUUGGAAGAAGCCACAAAAUUUGUACUUCAGUCACCAAUAAAAUCUUCUAGGAAUAAAAAUAAAAUAAGUGAUCAAAAUGAAGAUUUAAAAUCAUAUCGUAGCAUUGCGGAACGACGUUUAGAAAAAAAAAAUAAGAUGACAAAAACAUACAAUAAUAUCAAUACUGAAAAAGCUUUGCAGAAUGAAAUUAAAAUGGAAUCAGAAUGGCCAACAACUCCUCCUUUACCAAAAGUACAAGUGGUGGAUGUCCCAAGGUUUUUCUUUCCAAAAGGAGUUCCAAUUUCAAUAUCUGAGAAUGAAGCAGCACUAAGACGAGUUAACGAUGUAUUCAGUACAAUUGGAAAUAAGGUAACAAUGAUUAAUAUGGCAGAGGUAUGUCGAGCAGCUGGUAUACCCAUCUACUGGAAACGAUCUGUUUAUGAUUCAUGCUGUAAUAAUUUGUCAAGAUCAAUAAGCAUAGCUGAUUUUGCUUCCUGGUGGAAUAGAAUGACUGCAGUAGCACAUGAUGAAGCAGCCCGUUUUGUUUAUACCCUAGCUGGGCCUAAUCGAAAUUAUUUGACCAAAGAAGAUCUGGCACCAAUCCUUAAAGAUCUCAUUGAAACCUUUCCAGGAUUACAUUUUCUUCGUGAAGCUGAAGAAUUUCAUUCAAGAUAUGUUGAAACGGUAAUAGUAAGGAUAUUCUGGGCAGUCAAUCGAUCAUGGACUGGGCGAAUUACAAUUAACGAAUUACGUCGAUCUAAUUUUCUCGAGACAAUUAGGAAGUUGGAGACAACAGAUGACAUCAAUGCAAUAACAAAUUACUUCAGCUAUGAACAUUUUUAUGUAAUUUAUUGCAAAUUUUAUGAAUUAGACAAAGAUCAUGAUUUGAUUAUCAACAAAAUCGAUAUGUCACAACACUGUAACGGAGCACUUCCACCACAAAUUAUCGAUAGGAUAUUUAGCGGAGCGGUGACAAGAUCACCAGCAGGAAAACGUAUCCGGCAAGCACUUGAAACAAUCGGUUAUACGGAUUUUGUAGCAUUUUUACUUGCAGAAGAAGAUAAAAGGCAUCCUACUAGCAUAGAGUAUUGGUUUCGAUGCUUAGAUUUAGAUGGUGAUGGUGUAUUAUCAAUGUAUGAAAUGGAAUAUUUUUAUAAUGGUAUUAAAAAUAAAAUGGAUCAACAUAAUAUUGAUUCGAUGCGUUUCGAUGACGUAAUUUGUAAUCUAUUAGAUUUAAUACGACCAAAACAACCAAAUGUUAUUUCAUUGUCGGAUUUGAAAAAGUGCCUUUUAUGUACCAGAUUUUUUAAUACAUUUGUUAAUUGGGUGAAAUAUUAUGAACAGGAAGCUAGUGAAGGAGAACGAGCUACAGUGACAGACGGUGAAGAGGAAUUGAAUGAUUGGGAUAGAUAUUGCUUAGAAGAAUAUGAAGCGCUAAUGGCAGAUGAUCAAGAUAAUGAUGAGCUUGAGGAUAUUAAUUUAAAUUUGGAUGAUGAUGAUGAUCUGCUAAUUGGUAGCAAUAUUAACACGGCGGUUAAUUUAUCAUUGCGCGAAUUUGGCGAUUCUCAGCGAACAAAAAUUUUAGAAGCAAUAUGA